AUGGCCGAUUUAGUUCACAUAGCGGGAGCAAAAUCUGCUGAGUCGGAGCGAGCCUGGUAUCUGCUUGCCCUGGCACCGCGACGGUGUCCUGACAAACCUGUGGAGGGUGAGCCUCCAUCGACGGAAGCUGGCGACAUGGCGCCGCUCCAGGGCGUGUGGCUACUCUACACAGCGCCCGUUGAGCACAGCGACUUCCUCCGACUCCUUUUCGAGUUUGGUAGCCGCGGUGCUUUGCGUUGGGAUCUGCACGAGUGCUACACUGUGACUGAGAAGUCCCUCGGUGUUGGCGGCUGCGGCACAGUCUACUUAGGCCAAUCGCGGAUGCGCCUCCCCGCGCAGAAGGAUGCAGCGAAGGUCGACAUCCCGGCCGUGCCUCAGGUGGCUGUGAAGAAGCUGAACAAGUCCGGUGGAGUCACAGAAGAGAUCAGCAUCAGAAGCGAGAUCGAGUUUUUAGCAGUGGCUCGGGGUCAUCCCUGCAUCUCUGCCCUAUUUGGCGUCUUCUGCUUCAAUGAACUGGGUUCUACAGAGAGCAAGAGGGCCGCCUCCAUUCGUUGGACGAUCGUCAUGCCUUUGUAUUCGGAGGGUGACCUGUUCGACUACCUUGCCGCCAACGGUGCCAUGAAAGAAACUGCAGCAGCCACCCUGAUGCUGUGCCUGCUGUCGGCGCUCACCCAUCUCCACCGCUUGGGCGUAGUUCACCGGGACGUGAAAGCUGAGAACAUCUUGCUGGCCAACAACAAGGCGGUUCUGUCCGACGUUGGCAUCGCUGCAUUCUUGAAGGAUGAAGAGGCCAUGCAGCGCAGAGUGGGAUCCCCUGGCUACGCUCCGCCUGAAGUGGUUACAGACCUCCCAUACGACGAGAAGGUCGACGUGUUUGGUGCUGGAGCCGUGCUGUAUUUUGCUUUGAGCAACACGCUCCCCUUCCCGGGGAAAACGCUCAAGAAGGUGCUGGAGCUGACAGCGCGAUGCAAGGUGAAGUACGACCCGGCUCUCUUUGGCGAAUUUUCUGGUAGUAUCAUCCAGCUGCUGAAGGCUUUGUUGCAGAAGGAUCCGUCGAAGCGGCCCUCGGCAAGGAAGUCCUUCAAAGCACUAUGGACAAUGGCCAGCCAGAAACCUGAAAUCGCCAGAAGCAGUGUCGCCCGGAUCACCCUCCAGGCUGUAGAAGAUUUUGAGAGCUUGGCUUCCACCGGCCUGGAGUCGAUGAGAAGCAACGGCCACAAGCCCGACCACAAGCCCGAGAGGUUGGAGAAGAAGAUCAUGCGAACAACAUCAGGUACAGAAGCCAAGACUGCUCCAACACUGGAGGAAGCGUCUCGGGGAGGAUCGAAGGAGGACCCGGCGAAGCCGGCUGCCAUUACGGAAGGAGAGCACCAGGAAGGUGGAGCUAGUCCGGCAGCAUCUCAAGGCAAAGCCGAGCUAGUUCCGGUUCCUCCAUCUGGGCCGAAGCCAACCUCGAGUGGUGGGACCUUCUCAUACCUCAAGAACCGGCUUGGGUGGAGCAAGUCGUCGGGCGGCGGAGGAGAAAACUCGCAGGGGAUGAACCAAUAA